UGUCUAUACACAUCCACCUCCGGUCAGAAACAUUCCGGACAAAACAAAGACAGACAAGGCUUCCUUUGAAAGAUAAAGCAGGAGGGGAAUAAUUCAACACUCUGCCGGAUUUAUUCUCUCUAACUGUGGACGUCCAGUUGACCUUCUCUUAACUAUGCAUCUCGUCUUCAGCUAGGUAAUUCUUGGAAGCUUACGCUGUAGUUAGUUAUUGUCUACUUUACCCCUGGUCCCUGAUCUUCCAAUCCACCUGAACCAUGGACCACAGCUAUUCCACCCCGAAACGUCCCAGUGGCAUUCCACGGCCCAUGUCAAGACUCCCACUGCCUACGCAUUCUACUUCCUCCAAAUCUAUCCGGCCGUCUCCGUCUCGCGAACGCCUACAAGCUGAUUCCGGGUUAAACAUAGAGAGAUUGCGGAGACCUUCACAAGAACUCUUUAAGAAACCCCCGCUGCCGUCUCCAGCUAAAUCUCGAGAGAGUUCAUAUGGCCAGAAUGAGUAUUCGUAUAAAUGGACCCCCAAUUCCGGCGGUUCCGUGGCGGAAGAUGAAGAAGAGGAGGAGGCACGUGAAAGCAGGAGUAACAGAACAAGUAUCUACACUCCAACAACUAAGUCUUCAAGACCCUCACUAUCCGAUCGGACUAUCGAAACUAUAGCCCAGAUUCCUUCUUCACCGUCUCCUAGUAAAAAGAAAUCGACGUUUUUUGCCCCCGAAAGCCCCAUGGCACCUCCCUCUCGGCCCCCUUCUGUCACCAAUAAUUACCAGUCACGCCCUCCAUCCCGCCAGGAUAGCGCCAAUGGAUCAGUUCUGCAAUUCUCCUCCGCCAUACGAACCGCAUCGACACCUCGAACACCUUCUAGUGUCUCAAAUAUGCCCCAGCCAACAUUCAUCAAGAGAUCCGUGUCUAUGUAUCGAGAGUCCACCACGCGGUCUUCAAUAAACGGUGCUGGUACUGCCUCGCCAAACCAUAGUAACGUCUCUACGGCUCCACCAAUAUCGAAGAAAGAAUCUAAAACCCCUGCCGCUGGCGCACGAACCUCGUUUUAUGGAGGUAGCAAAAGCAUGUCAAUAAGACCACCUAAAGCGCGCCCAUCCCUAGGCGCCAAUGCAUUCGCAGCCCAAUCGAACAACGUAAGUACAGGCAAUGAUGCUAAGAAGCCUGCAGCUAGAGCACCUGCCACAAAAGCACGGAAACCUUCCUCGAAUCUUUCUUCUAAUCUUACCUCUCCAACAUCUACCUCCUCAAAGAAAUCACCCAGAACUUCAGUGACGUCAGACGGUAAUCCGUCCGAUUUACCGCCACGAGAACCAGAAACAAGGAAAGCAACGAAGUCAUCAAGCGCUCUUAGAGAAACCAUUGCCAAGGCGAAAGCUGCGAAAAAAGCCGCAAUGGAAAGUAAUGCUAAAAAUGGCCUAGGUGACGUUCUGGAUCCCUCGAACGACCCCUUUGCGCAGCUGUCCAAAGCUGAGCCUAAUAAACGUGUAUUGAAGAACAAGGCUGCCGCGGCAAGGACAUCAGGUCAUUUAAAUAUCGCUGCCAUGGGACUGAAGGAAAUCCCAGAUGAAGUAUUGACUAUGUACGAUUUUGAUCCAGAAAGUGAGGGCGAAUGGUAUGAGAGCGUUGAUCUUAUUAAAUUUAUCGCGGCGGACAAUGAGUUUAAAUCGUUAUCAGAUGCUAUAUUCCCUGAUGUUGAUUUUAAUACCAUGGACAUGGAUGAAAAUACCAAGGGAUGCCAAUUUGGUGGACUGGAAGUUCUAGAUCUUCAUGGCAACAUACUUACUACUCUUCCCAAGGGUUUGCGAAGACUCCAACGACUACGUUCUUUAAAUCUUUCCCACAAUCGGUUGGACGCGGAAGCUUUCGAAAUCAUUACCGAAAUCUCAUCACUAACCGACUUAAAACUAGCAAAUAAUAAGCUUGGAGGCAGCCUAACUUCAAUUAUUGGUGCUCUUUCUAAGCUUGAGGUGCUAGAUCUCCGUGAGAACAGCCUCACUGAACUCCCAGAUACUCUAUCCGACCUUUCCUCAUUGCGCGUUCUUAAUGUUGCCGAAAACCAGUUGACUUCCAUUCCAUUUGAGGCUCUAAAGGCACUUCCUCUUGUCGAGAUCAAUGCUCAGAAAAACCGCCUUCAGGGACAUCUUAUUCCAGCCUCAGUUACCCGCUUGGAGACUCUACAAGUUCUGAACGUGACGAGAAAUUCAUUGGAAAGCCUUUCGCUUGCUGAAACCCUGGAGUUGCCCAACCUCCAGCAGUUAUCCAUAGAUGCAAAUCGCAUCAAGGCUCUCCCAAACAUUUCUACUUGGAAAUCACUCCUUACCUUAACCGCGGAGGACAACGCUAUCUCUAGCCUUCCGGAAGGUUUUUUAGAGCUCGAAAAUGUAAAAGUUGUCGAUUUUACAGGCAACAAUAUAACAACGCUGGACGAGAAGAUUUCCCUAUUGGAAAACCUCUUCUCAUUCCACAUAGCGAACAACCCGCUGCGAGAACGCAAAUUCCUGACGAUGGAUACCGACGAAUUGAAAAGAGUCCUACGCGGCCGUUGCGAACCCGACCAUCCUGAAGCUGAGGAAGAAGACGGCUCAGUCCAGACCGAAUUCACUCUGGCCCCAGAGAGCCCUACACACGCCAGCGCCUGGCGUAUUAAAUCCGGUGGCGUCCUCGACUUCUCUUCCACGGACUUAGCCGACCUCGACCCGGCAGAUCUAGAACCCCUGCUUGCCUCUUCCACAGCUAUAAAAUGCCUGUACUUACACCACAACCGCUUCCACACUCUCCCCGUUGCCGGCCUCACCCUCCUCUCCCAUACCCUCACCGACCUAGACCUCUCCCACAACCCCCUCUCCUCUAGCCCCACCACACCGCUUCUUACAACACCUCUUUCCCUCCCAAACCUCCAAAACCUCACCCUGAGCUCCACAGGCCUAACAAGCCUCGAGGUCCUCCAACACCACCUCUCCGCCCCAAACCUCACUUUUCUUGACGUCUCCAACAACCGUCUCACAGGACCCCUUCCCCACAUCCGACAAACCUACCCUGCCCUAAUCACUUUCCUCGCCUCCGACAACCAAAUUGAUAGCUUAGAGUUCGAAGCUGUGCGCGGCUUACAGGUCCUAGACGUGAGUAAUAAUAGCAUAGCGUCUUUGCCGCCUAGAUUGGGAUUGUUGGGGAGCGAGGGGUCUACAGCGUCGGCAGCUACAGCAGGAAAUAGCAAGGGUGGUGGAGGUGCUACAGGGGGAACAACGUGUUUGCGCCGUUUGGAUGUCGCAGGGAAUUGUUUCCGUGUCCCGCGCUGGCAGGUUGUGUCGAAGGGGACGGAGGCGGUGUUGGAGUGGCUGAAGAACCGGAUUACGGCGGAGGAGUUGAGGGAGUGGGGUGCUUUGGAAGAGGAUGAGGAUGGUGUUGUUGAUUGAGGGGAUUUUAUUUACUUAGAGCCAGGAGAAGAAACAGGGAAUUCUGCCUGGAGACCCUGCGGGCUUGUACCAUCACCAUCUUAUAUUUACUUACACUGUUCAUGUAAUAUUUUCUUUUUGGAUUUUUCAUAUUUUUUUCCAAUUAUUUCAUUUUUCUUAAUUUGCCUGUCCACGUCCUCCUGUGUCUCCGUCUGUCUGCUCCUCUUGCGUUUACCUGUCACAGGUGCUUUUUUUCUCCUCUGUAUUAUCUUUUCACUCUCGGCCCUUUACUUCAUAAUUUUUAUUGCUCGGGCCGAAAUCUUCGUCUGACGCUGCCCAUGAGAAACUCCGUCGUGAAAUCUUCCCAAGCGUGGAGCGAUUAUAUUUUUCCCAUAUCUCCUAUUUCAUUUACUUGUUUCCAUGCAUCUUUCUUGUCCUAUUUUUCGUCGAUCUACUUUGUAUAUAUCCAGCAACAGCUUAGAUUUCUUCCUCUUUUGGGUGCUUUUUUUUUUCCUUCUUCAUUCGUUUUGCAUUUUUUUUUUUUUUUUUUUUUUUGCCUUUUCCUUUCUGCACGUCCCUUUCUCUUUGAAUCGGCAUUUUCCCCCUGAAUCGACUAACUUUGCUCCAUUCUUCCUUUUCGUUUUCGUUUCUCUGUUUACUCAUAUAUAUAAUCCCGUGUCCUCCAUAUGCCUGUGUAUAUAAAAGGUACAAACCAGAUGAAAAUAAUCAGAUUAAAUAGAAUUCUUAUGUGUAAAUAAACUGAACAGAUAUUGUUUCAUGUACUCUCUGGUUAAUGAGACCAAAAUCGCCAUGCCCA